UAAGCUUAAAUGAUAAAUAUUCUUUUCAUUUUUUUUUUACUUUUAUUUAUGUUUCCGUCGGAUCAUUUGCGGUUAUAUUGGUGGAGGAGGAAAAGGUUAGAGGUUUAUGAUAUAUGUAGCGUGCAGCGUGCUGGCACUUGGGGAACAGCUAGUUCAAAUAUUUUCAUGUGCACGACACCCUAAAAUCCGGGAAACCUACUGUCUCAAAUGUUGUACAUACUUGUAACGCUAACGAUUUUUAUGUAUAGAUGAGAGUUUUUUAGUCUGACAAUCACGUAUUCCCAUGAACAAAAAUACAUAAUGUUUGUUGUGUUAUUUAGUUACCCUGGAAACUAAUUGUACUCAUUACGGUAAACUCAGAAUCAAGGUAUACCUACUAAACAUGGCAUUCAAGAAUAAGUAGGUGCUUCAUUUAAUAUCAAAUUACAUUAGCUUUUAUUCAAAAGGGAGUGUUAGUUGGCGUCUAAAAAGCUUUUAGGGAAUGCCUAACGAUGCCGACCGCUAAAAUCGUUAACCGAUAGUUAGCUAGAAAUACGAUGCGCGCGCAUUGUAUGGGCUUGUCCAGCGAAUAAAUACCGAGUGUAUUGACUGUGACUAAGCUUUUGGUCAAUCUAAGUGAUUGUUCUAUUCUAGUACACCUAACAUACAAUACUAAAACCAUCGAAUUUGAACUUUUGUGUUUUUAAAACUAACUAUGGUGAACGUGUAUGUGAACGUAAAUAAGCAUGAAACUUAAUACCAGAACCUAAAUAGAGCUUAAGCUCUCAACAACAUUUGUUUACAUACAUGUGUAUGUCAAUAACUAACAGACCCAAUGGACAAAUGUUGUGCCACACAUCAGUCACCAAGACCCCAAAGAAGACUGCACGGAUUGCAGCUGCCAUUAAAUUAUCAACAAGUUAUUGGUUGGUUAGUCUUCAUAGCGACUGGGUCAUUAAACUUCUUCAUUCUGAUCGAAAUACAAAAAGACACCUUGAGGACAAUCAUUUUAGUGAUAUUCAUUGUGCUUUAUAUACUCCAUGUUUCAUCGCAUCUCACUGCGUCACUUAUAGACCCAAGUGAAGAAGAACUGAGAAGCUUAGAAGUUAACAAUGUUCCAGAGUUCAAUCGGGAUGUCCACGCCCACGUCAUUGAGAAUGGAAGGUGUCAUCUAUGUAAUAUCAACACAAGCAGUACAAGAACGAAACAUUGUAGCAUUUGUAACAAAUGUGUGGACAACUUUGACCAUCACUGCAAGUGGCUUAAUAACUGCGUCGGUCGAAGAAACUAUGUAGCGUUUAUUGCAUGCGUCACUACGGCCCUAAUGAUAACCACAAUUACGGCAGUGCUAUGUGUAUCGGACAUCGUUAUGUUAUUAAUAAAUCCAAAAUAUCUAAGUAUUGAAGCACAAAACUUUAUGAAUUGUAGCUCUUCAUACAACUCGUCAUCAACUUUCUGUAACAAUUCAUUGCCUAUAAUAACGUUCCUGGUUUUGUUCUUUUCAACAGCAUCAGCCAUCGGGUGUGCUUUAUUACAUUUGUGCUGUUUUCACAUUUAUAUUACCUUGUUAGGGGUGACUACUUAUGAAUAUGUAGUAAGAAGUGAUGAAUCAAGAGCUUCGCCUUAUAGUAAUUGUAUGAGUAUUUGUAUAUUAUGUAGGUGUUGUCGAAAUAUUUCGAAAAAUGUAUACACUGCCAGAAAAAGCAAAGACAUGUCACAAGUUCAGGAAAAUCCCGACAGUGGAUCCGUAGUAGGCAAAUUAGACGUUUCUCAUUCAAGUUCUGGUAUUCAGAAUGGUGAGGCAAAUGUUAUGAAUUUUAUUAAUAUAUUAAUUAACAGCGAACUAGGUAAAGCUAAGAAAAUAUUUAUGUAUGACAAGAAUAAAGUGCAUCCACAUGAGGAAAGUGGUAGUUAGCACAAAGUAUCGAAAAGGGUCCUUAAUUUGAGAAAGGACCCCAUGUUGAAAGAAGAUUAGAAUUAAUUAGAACCGCGGGAAAUAAUUGAUCCAUCCUGCGAGUGUGUAUAAUUAUAUACUUAAUUUUACAAUGACGUCGCACAUCUAUUAACAAGUUACGGCAAUAAGCUAAUAGGUAAGUCAUUAUUUUUUAAUUAUGUUAUCACUGUGGAAGCUCUGAAAGGCGUUUAAUAUAUAAUCAAACGCAAUUAAUGAAGACUAGGUAACAUGCAUUAUUGGUAACUAUUUUAGUCAUAAUUACAAAUAGCUAAUGACCAAUUUUUUGGAAAAUGAUUUGCCUUUUAGAUUAGUAAUGCCUUAAUAAUAAGGCGUUAGAUGUACGAGCAGCCUUCAAUAAAACUGCCCUGAUUUAAGGUUGAUGUAAAUAUUUAAAUUAAAUACACAGGUAUAUACUACGCUGACAUGUUGUUUUGCUAUUUAUAAAAUAAAUCUCUGUAUGUAAUAAGUUUUUAUUGAUGUUGACUUUAUCGACAAAAGAAUAAAUGUGAUAUUUCGUUACGAA